AUGGUUCAGAUCAAGCGCGUCCAAGAAACCGGGGCGGCGGAUCCCAUCCUGACGCGCAUCUCGGAGGAGGACAAGGUGCCGUGGUAUCAGAAGCCGAACCUGCGAUACCUCUACUUCAUGCUCUUCCCGACCUGCAUGGGCAUCGAGCUGACGUCCGGCUUCGACUCGCAAAUGAUCAACGCCCUGCAGAUCGUGCCCUCGUGGGUGGAAUACUUCGGCAAUCCCCAGGGCAGUCUGAAGGGCAUUAUCGCCGCCGCCUACUCUCUUGGCGCCAUUUUGUCUCUUCCCUUCAUUCCUGUGGUGAACGACAAGUUCGGCCGACGAUGGUCCAUCCUUGGCGGCAGCUUGGUCAUGGUGGUCGGCGCGCUCAUCCAGGGGUUCUCUCAGCACGUCGGCAUGUACAUCGUUGCCCGCAUGAUCCUCGGUUUCGGUAUCCCGACCUGCAUCGUCUCCGCCUCGUCUCUGAUCGGUGAGCUCAGUUACCCGAAGGAGCGUCCGGUUCUCACGUCGUUGUUCAACGUCUCCUACUAUGUCGGUCAAAUCUUGGCUGCCGGCAUCUGCUUUGGUACCAACAACAUCAAGAGCGACUGGGGGUGGCGCAUUCCGUCCCUCCUCCAGAUCUGCCCUUCUCUCCUUCAGAUCACCUUCGUCAUGUUCAUCCCCGAGAGUCCCCGUUGGCUCAUCACUAAGGACCGUAGUGAAGAGGCCAAUGAGAUCCUGAUCAAGUACCACGCCGAGGGCGACCGCGAAUCCGAGUUCGUCAAGGCCGAGAUGGUCCAGAUCAAGAGCGUCAUCACCCUUGAGAUGGAGGCUGCGAAGCAAACGUGGAUGGACCUGCUCAACACAGCCGGCAUGCGCCGUCGUGCUCUCAUCUCCAUGAUGCUGGGUCUUUUCACUCAGUGGUCCGGUAACACGCUGAUCUCAUACUAUCUCGGCGACUUGCUCCAGAUGGUUGGCUUGACGGACUCUGCGGUGAAGCAAAAGAUCAACCUCGGCCUCUCCGGAUGGGCCCUCGUCUGCGGUCUCACUGUCGCAUUGCUUGUACGGAGGAUCCGCCGUCGCGUCAUGUACCUUGUCUGCACGAUCUCACUGCUCUUUUGCUACAUUGCAUGGACGAUCUCCAUGGAGCGCGCUGUGCACGCCGAUGAAAACGGCUAUAAGAACCAGGGCGCGUCCGUCGCGACCAUCUUCUUCAUCUUCAUGUACUCGCCCUGUUAUAACAUCGGUUACAACGCCCUGACGUACACCUACCUCAUCGAGCUAUGGCCUUACGCGCUGCGUUCGCGCGGUCUCUCGCUGUUCCAGCUGUUCGGCAGGUUGGCAGCCUUCUUCACGACCUUCGUCAACCCCAUCGGCCUCGAAGCCGUCUCGUGGCGCUACCUCAUCAGCUACUGCUGCUGGCUCGCCUUCGAAGUGGUAUUCGUAUACUUCAUGUUCCCCGAGACGGCAGGGCGCACCCUCGAGGAGCUGGCUUUCUUGUUCGAGGACAAGGCCCUCGCCGACCAGGCCGUCAUUGCUGUCGAGAAGGCCAUCCACCACGAGGACAUGGACCCCAUCGGCGAGACCAAGAGCGGGGCUGUCAGGGCGGAGGCUGUGGAGGACGUCGGCGCCAAGUCCAAGGUCUGA